GUAUAAUCAAGAUAAUAAUUUAAACAAUAUGAUGUGAUCGUGUCACUCACGUGUUAUAAAUAGACAGAAUUUUCUCUCAUAACUCUCAGUGAUUCGCGGAAUUCAGACCUGAAAGCAUCAAAAAUAUUUUAAAACUAUGAGCGGACAAGAAGAUCCAUUUGAUAGCUUAUUAAAAAGUGAUUCAAUUGAUGAUGACUUUAUUAACGGAAUCGUUGAGAAUAAAUAGAAUAUUUCAAAAUUAGGCUUCAAGGUCAUAUUAGUUCUAUUGACCCCAGCAACAAAACCAAAUGAAAAUUAUCUCGGUAUAGUAUAUCGCGCGAAAAUAAAGGUUCGAUUACUUGAAACAAAUGAAAAAAAAGUUUUAGAUGUGAUUAUUAAAGUUGCACAGGAAAUGGCAAUGUCACUCAGUGAAUUGAAUGUCUAUCAUCGGGAGAAGAUCAUGUACGAAAAUGUUUUGACUAAAUUUGAAAAUAUUUUAUUCAAUAAACUUGGCGAAAAAGUUAAAUUCGGUCCAAAAAUGUCAAUGUUUAAGUAUGAACCAAAUCCAAUCAUGGUUCUUGAUGAUCUUAAGGCAGAAGGGUAUGAAAUAGUUGAAAGAAAAGAAUGUCUUUCUUUAAAACUUUCAAAGUGCUUUUUAACAAAAAUUGCUAAGUUUCAUGCUGCAGGAGCUAAAGUUUUACAAACAGAAGGAAUGCUUUUCGACUGCCUUGAUCGUAACAGCCCAAAUGCUGCAAAACAAGACAAUGAAAGUCCUUUGUCUCUAACAUUUCUCCGGAUGCAUGACGAAUUUAUAAAAGCAUUAAGAAGUUAUGGAGGAUGUGAUGAAUAUGCUGAUAAAGUUGAAAAAUGGGACAGAAAUCUCCUUGCUACUGGCUACUUGUAUGAAUCUAAACCAAUGAAAUGUGGUCUUCGAGUCUUGAAUCAUGGAGAUGUCUGGACUAAUAAUAUGAUGUUUAAUUUGGAUACAAAUGAAGUUUUAUUGAUUGACUAUCAGCUGAGUUUUUGGGGAUCACCAGCCUAUGAUAUUCUUCCAUUCCUGGCUGCAUCGAUUCAUGAUGAUAUUAAAGUAAAGCAUUUUGAUGAACUUGUUGAAUUUUACUAUCAAGAAUUAUCAGAAUCUCUAAGGAAAUUAGACUAUUCAGAUCCUAUUCCCAACUUUGAGGAAUUUAAGGAUGAUCUAAUGGAAAAGGGAUUCAUUUUUGCAGGAUUCUUAGAAUACUUGUUUUUCGUAAAAACGACUUCUGGAUUUUCAUUUGACAUGUUAAUGUUUGGAAAAGAUGAAGAAGCUUUACAAGAAGUAUAUAAUCGACUAUACCAAGAAGAAGCUUUUGUAAAAGCUGUUAAAGUGUGGCUUCCAUUUAUGAAUGAACGAGGAUUUUUAGAUGUUUUGAUUCGUUCUUAAUCUGUAAUUCAAUGAACAAAUUUGGAAUUUUUAAAGCAAAACUAAAAUAAAGGAAGCAAUAAACAAUUGUUGUUAAUUUUUAAAAUAAAAUUUAUUCCUGACAUCCGAUUUAAACAAAGGAUUUUUGUUAAUCAGUUACCUAUUUAGAGUUUCGCAACAAUUUAUAGCCCACAUGUGGCUUUGGAACUGUAAUCGACUUAAAUGUCUGCGUUGAUUUGUAAACAAUUUUAUCAUAAAGUGUCUCCUUAUCGACUGUUUUUGUUUGUAUAUCCUCUUCAUCAUUAUUUGAUUGACUUAGAUCAGAGCUUUUAAAUGAACCGAAAAUCUUUGAGAUAAUUUCAGUAAACAUUAUCGUGCCAAUUAUUAUUAAUACUGUCCCAAUCCAAUGGAUUGCGGUGAAAGGAUGUUGAAAAUAAAUAAUUGAAAAAAUUAGAGAUGCAAAUUUCCGCAGCGUUACAACCAUCGUAACAGUCAGUGAUGAGCAUUCUGUUGUUAGAAUAUAGACGCACUUAACACAGAAGUAAUGAGAUAUAAAGUUUAUCACAAGAUAUAAAAUCUGUAUUCGUAUUGAAAUAUUUAGCGGUGCAAUGAUAAAAGCAUCUGAAUUUGCAGCAACAAUCAUGUGGUUCCAAAUAUUCUUUCCCAUCAAGAAAAAUGCGGGUAAUGCAAGCACAUGAGUAUAAAACAAAGCUUCAUUUGGAUGCUUUCCUCGCUUCUUAUACAUCACUUCUUGAUAAAUUCCCAUUCUUGCUGAUAUGAAUAAUGCAAGUGACAGUAAGAGAACUCCAAACAGCCACCAGAAGAAUGAAUCAUUUUUAUCACUUUCAGCAUUUUGCACCUGAGAUUUUUUGACGUCAGAUCCCGAUGCAAUUGUGCUUACGAAAAUUCCUAAUGUUAUUAGCACUACUGACACGUACUUCCAAAAAUCAUAAGAUUUGUUCAGAAUAAUGAUUCCUAAAAUCAUAUUAGCCAUUAAUGAACCUGAUCGGAAUAUCAUUUGUAAAGGCACAGAAAUAUGAAAAUUAAGUGCAUAAUUGUUUAAUACACUUGAUAAGAAAAACAUUGUGACUAGUAAUACAUAGUCUUUCAUCGGUAUAUUAGGUUUAACUGUGAAGAACUUCGAUGUGAAUAUGAGACCAUAAAGUGCGAUAAAGAAAAAUUGAAGAAAUGUGAUGAGAUUCCCAGAUCCUGAGUCAUAUCUACAAAGAAAUUUGUAUAGCUUAAUAUUUUGAUUAAUUUCGAAGUAAAUUGUAUGUUAUCAUACCUCACAGCAAACUCGAGAUAUAGGGCAUCUAAACAACAUCCAAGAAGGACACCAGCAAUAGCUAUUGCCGCUUUGUAAUUCAUAAUUAUUUAACUUUUUUUGCGCAAUUCCUAUUGAACGUGGCAAUGCAUUUUAUGGCAAAAUUAAUUCUAACUUGUUACACCUUUACAGUAGAAUGUCGUGUUUGAUACUAAAAAACUUUAUAGUAUUGUCAACUAAAGUUCUUUGAUAAUAAAAAAAUAAGUUUUGCAAGGGGUGGCAAAGCUUAGUUUUAAAUCCAUCAAAAAAAGUGUUCACACCUAAUUCAAGUCUGACUCAAAGACGUCGCUAAGAGGUCCUUGUAGGGUCAAAAGUUCCUUAUUUUCCUGCCUAUGCUCCUGGCAAG